AUGCCUGCCAAAAAGCGUCGCAGUACAUCUGCUGCGGCAUCCGACGAUUCUUCUGCGCCUGCCAGUGCACCUGCCAGUGCUCCUGCCAGUGCUCCUGCCAGUGCUCCUGCCAGUGCGCCUGCCAACGCCCCUCCCAGAGGUCCUGUUAUCCACAAGCCUCUGGACACUGCGCGCAAUGACGACGCAGCUGCCACACCCGAGAACCUGCUCGCGGUAUUGAACGAAGCUCGCCAAAUGGUCAAGCAAAAGUACCCUGAAAUGACAAAGUCUGACAUUGACCGACUGGUCAGAGGUCCGCCCAUUGACGACAACUGGACUCUAGAGGAUGAGCAAAAGUCCAGAGAUGACUGGGAUAAUGAUCCCAUGAAGACACAUUUGCUGGAAGCCAAGCAUACCAAACUUGGUGCAUCAUGGCGAUACAGCGUUCGCUUCUACGGGACCUUUGUUGAGGAUAUCAUUGGACCACGCUUCAAUUUGGUCUACGACUCAAGCAGUCAUGCAACCGUGGUUGUGGUCGAUGGCAUAUCCGUCAAACAUCCAUAUUGGUCGGCUCCCUUUUGUGAAGCCCUACUUCCUCUGCUGAGCCAUGACAUGUGGCAAAACCAGCCCGGUGCUGCAGCGGUUUGUCUACAAUAUGUAGUCAAGUGUCGUACAAACGACCAACGUGCCAUGAGAUGGCCACGCGAAAACUAUACUACAGACAAGUUUUUUGACAUAUUCGCAGACGUCACGGAAUGCUUGAAUACCGGCCAAGCAUCCGUCAAGGACAUUCACAUUCAAGUCCGACAUAAGCUCGGUGAAAUUCAGUCGCCGUGGUCCAGACUCUUUGAGGAAAUCGAGGCACUGUGUUUCAGGGAACAGGUGGCUCCCAAGACAACACCACCCGUGUCACAAAAUGACAUUGGUUUGUAUUCUCACGCAGCCAAAGCCGAAAAGACCCCAAGUCCCGCACUCCUUUCCGAUAUUCCUUUGGAUGCUGAUCCAGACCAAGAAAUGGCAGAUUCCGAAAUUCCAGAAUCUCGCCCCGGUUCCCCUGCUCAAAUGAAGACGAGACAAGCCGACGGGCCUCGUACCACAGUAGGACUUGCCAUGCCCGAUCCAGCACAAGCUGAUGGGCCUCACCCCACACCAGGACUUGCCAUGCCUGAGCCAGGAUUGGCUUCACAGCUUCCUACAUUACAACAGGAUGAGCCAAUGGGCAAUACGGCACCUACAUCACAGCAGGAUGAGCCAAUGGGUAACACGGUUCCUGAGCAAAGCAGCAGGCCAAGUAUCCCCCAUGUUUCUUCACACGAACUCUCAAGAGAGGCGCCUCGUAGCUCAAACACCAUGUCCAGUCACAGCGAGGCAUUGCCCCUCCUGAUUACCUCUUCAAAUAUUGCCAUACCAAGUCAGGAGAUGGAGCACGAUGCACCAGAAGGUGACAAUAUUGAUGCUCAAGAGGAGCCCACUGCAUCAAGUAUACCCCCUCAUCUUGCUUAUGUAGAUGCUACACAUCCUCUCGAUAUUCCAGACGAGGCGAGGUUGUCCGACGUUCCGUUGCCCAUUUCAUGGGAGAAUGCGGCGGAGAGGGUUCAAGACCCAUUCGAUCCGUAUGCCAUCUUGUCGUCGCCAGGCGAUUCAUCAGAAUCCGACAAUGAUGCUACCAUGGAAACCCCUCCAAACGAGAGAUGA